UUUCUGAAGAAGAAGAAGAGGAACAAAUCAAAUCAAUGGCUGAUGCUGCAGUGGGUUUUGUGGUGGAGAAACUUGGUAAUCUGAUGAUGAGAGGGUCAAGAACUGGGUCACGAAAAUGAGAGAUGUGGCUUUUGAAGCUGAGGACAUCAUUGACACUUUCAUGUAUUACAAGCUCCGAAGACAACAGGGGCAGCCUGGUUGUAAUGGUUUCAUGAAGAGAUUUGUGUUUAUAUUUGAUGAAUUGAUCAAUAGACACAAGGUUCAUGUGGAUGUUCAAGGGAUAAAAACUAGGUUGCAAGAGCUAUCUCAAACUAGAGAAGUAUAUGGCAUUUCUAAUAUAGGUGAAACAAUUGGCACAACUAGUCAGCCUAGAAGUCAAAAUGUGAUCCCUAUAUUGCCUCAGCUGAGAGAUGACAUUGAUAUGGUUGGCUUUGAUGAUGAGAAGAAAAAGAUUGUGCUAGAGUUGGUUGACAUAAGCAAUGUAAAUCGAUCAGUGAUCUCUAUAGUGGGUAUGGGUGGUCUGGGAAAGACCACACUUGCUAAAUCUGUUUAUAAUGAUCUUGAAGUCAAGAGAAGUUUUAAUAUAUUUGCAUGGGUAAUCAUAUCUCAACAAUAUACUAUCCAUGAGAUUUUGAAGGAAAUCUCAUCAGAAAUUUCAGUUACUCCAUCAGCAGAUACAAUCCAAGGCUUCGCAGUUGCUAUUUCUGAAAAAUUGCAAAAAGGUAAGUACUUGAUCGUUCUUGAUGAUGUUUGGCAAGAAGACGCAUGGACUGAAUUACAAAAGGUCUUUCCAAAUAUUAAUAAUGGAAGCAGAGUUAUUAUCACCACCCGCUUCGAAAAUGUCAUUAAUAUUGCAGAUCCUACCACCAAACUUCAUAAACUGCAUUACCUAAAUGAAAAGGAUAGUUGGGAGUUGUUUCUUCGCAAGGUUUUUCCAAGACAAGACAUUGAAACAUGUUGCUCGACAGAUUUGGUUGAGUAUGCUCAUCAGCUUGUUCAGAGAUGUGGGGGUCUACCACUAGCACUAGUAGUUCUUGGAGGACUUGUCUCAACCAAACCGCAAACCCAAGAUGCAUGGCAUAAAGUUGUUGACAGCAUGAAAGGCCAAUUUGUGGAAGGUGGAAAAAGGUGUUUAGAUAUACUGGCAUUGAGCUAUAAUGAUUUGCCAUAUUACUUGAAAUCAUGUUUUCUUUACUUUGGUUGCUUCAAAGAGGACGCUAAAAUUCCUACAGAAAAAAUAAUUAGAUUGUGGUCAGCAGAAGGUUUCUUACCAACAAAAAAUGGUACAACCACAGAAGAAAUUGGAUUUGAUUGUCUGGAGAAGUUGGCACAACGAUGUUUGAUCCAAUUUACCAAGGCGGAAUAUGAUGAUAGUGCAAAGUAUUGCCGAAUCCAUGAUCUCUUGCGUGAUGUGUGCAUUAGGGAAACCAAAGAGAAUAGAUAUUUUGAAAUCUGCAAAAAUAAUGACACUGUAGAUCAUGUGACAAUGUCAAAUGCAGCCCGACGACUAGUCGUAUAUAAUAAGAUUGACAUUCUAAACUAUUCUAACUCAAUGCUGCGGGGUCUUUUCUACGGUGUCAAAGAAUUUGAUAAUCGUCUGGCUUUCAAUGCCUUGAAAGGACAGCUUGGCAGAUUUAAAUUAUUAAGAGUGCUCUGCUUGUAUACUACGGGUAUCUCAGAAAUUCCAAGUGAAAUCAAAUCAUUAAUUCAGUUAAGAUAUCUUGAGUUCGCUGAUGUGAAUCUGAAGGAAGUUCCAUCAUGGAUUGGUCAUCUCCGCAAUCUCCAGACUUUUAUUCUAUCUUGUAGAAAUUUAGAAAAGAUAUCAGAUUCACUUUGGACAAUUGGCAAUCUAAGGCAUGUUAAUCUACCAAGCUUGUUAUUAAGGGCAUCAAGGCCUCCUCCUCCAAAUAUGGGAAAUAAUGUACCAAAGAAUUUGCAGACUUUAGAAGGGAUAAAUGCUGGAUCAUGGAUAGGGAAUGCACUUCCAAAGCUCACAAACCUAUGCGAAUUGAGCAUUAAUGAAGUCUUUAAUGAUCAUGCCGAUGCCCUAUCUUCAUUACUCCAGAAAUUGGGUCGUCUUGCCUCCUUACGCAUUUUUGGAGAUGAAAUUCCUUCGGACAACAUCAUUACAGCCUUUUCCAAUCAACACUACCUCAAGAAAUUGACUCUUGGUGGAAGUUUGAACCUCAAACAGCUUCCACACAAUGAUGUAUUUCCUCAACAACUAGUGGAACUACAUCUGGAACAUUCUAAAUUGGAGCAAGACCCAAUGGCAACACUAGAGAAGCUGCCAUGUCUCAAAUGUCUACAACUCUGGCAUUACUCAUAUAGAGGCAAACAGAUGAUAUGUUCGGCAACAGGUUUCCCUCAACUGUUAUACUUGGAAAUUGUGAAUCUUUAUGAACUUGAGGAGUGGAAGAUAGAGGAGAAGGCAAUGCCAUGCCUCAAGUCUUUGGAGAUCAACUUAUGUAGAAGGUUGAAGAUGAUUCCAGAAGGACUGAAGAAUGUGCCACUUGAUCAAUUGCAUUUUAUAUAUAUGCAUAAAGAAUUCAUGAAUAGGAUGAAGGAGAAUACAGGAGAAGACUGGUACAAGAUACAACAUGUGCCCAACAUCUCCAUCAUUAAUUUAUAAAACAUAUGCAGCGGCGCAAUGGAUAAUAUGUUCAAUUGUUAGCUGCCUUCAAAAGGAGCGGCAUGCGUGAGGAGUACUUUUGGACUUCAAAGGAGCUCCAUAUUAAGUCAGCAAGCAAGGGAGCAUACAUGCAUGAAGCUUCUUAUAUAUGAACUCUGCUUCAAUAAUUGAUGUUUGUGUGGAUGUCUAUGAUUUUAUUCAUGUAAUUUUUAUAUGGGUUUGAUACUUUGUGGUUAUAUAUUUAUAUGCCCAGACAUAUAUGUGUGUAUUUGUGGUUUUAUUUUGUAACGUAAUUGGGUUUGAUAUUCUGUCAUUUUAUAUCUAUUUAAGUGUGCGACAAUGCAUCCUGCUAUUAUUAUUA